CAUCUAGCCAAAACCAAAAUUACCAAAGUGACAAAAUUCCUUUUAUUUAUGGUCUCACCAGCUUUAUCCAUAAUAGAGUUCCUUACCAUCAAUUUCCUAGUAUGACACUAUGACUCCGCGAGCACGACCAUGACGAAAAAGCAUGAGAGAGGUAACGAGAUGGAGUUAUUUAUUGGUGUCCAUUUAUAGAAUGAGGCCAAAAAUGUCUGUAACCAAGCAGAAGUAAGGACAAAAAAGUUGGACUAUGCGCCACAGUGCCAGCUUUAUGGUCAUUUUGAGUGAUUCCCUCACACUUGGAAUGGGUUUGUUUAGUUUAAAGCCAUUCUUCCUUCUCUUUUUUUGCUUGGAAAGAAAAUUGAGACAUCAAAUAUAGAGAUAGAGGCUCUUUAGGAGUGACAUAUUAUUGCUCUGUAGUGUUGGACAGCAUGUUGGAAGGUAAAGCUGUGAUAGAGGAUACUGACAUGCCAGAUAAGAUGCAGAUCCAAGCCAUGGCAUCCGCUUCUGAAGCUUUGGAUCUCUAUGAUGUUUUUGAUUGCACAUCCAUUGCUGCCCACAUAAAAAAGGAGUUUGAUACAAAGUAUGGUUCUGGAUGGCAGUGUGUGGUGGGAUCAAGUUUUGGGUGUUUUUUCACCCAUUCUAAGGGAACUUUCGUGUACUUUACUCUGGAGACUCUCAAUUUCCUCAUCUUCAAAGGGGCUUCUUAUCUCAUCUAAUCGCAAUAGAGGAUCCUCGGGUUAUGUCUGGCUGUAAAUAAAGUUCCACCAGGGCAAUAGAUGAAAACCAGUUGAUGAAUGUUGGUAUUCGUGGGGGAAAAAUAUAUGAGCAGCGAUUCCCAAGUCAUUAUGAAUUGGACCCUUUUAAUGUUUUUCAAGGGUGAUUUGCUAUGUCAUCGGUGCUCAUUUUGAUUUUGCAUACAUGAUAAAUAUUGAGCUUACUAUGUUUAUGAUAAAGUUCAUCUUCUUCAGUUUUUCUUA